UGGCGGUGAUUUGUUUUUAUUUUGCUUUGUAGUUGGCAAAAGAUAUUUAGAAUUCUAUCUGAUUCCAUAAGGAUUUUUGUGAAACAAUGAAACAAAAAUGUGUUAAACGACUAAAUAUACGCCAUUUACCUUAGUAUAAAAAUAUGCAGAAUAAAUGACUUAACUUGAAAUAAAAACAUAAAGAUUCUUCUAUAAAAACAUUGAUUUUCUGAGAGAAGUCAACUAUUGAUUGAUGAAUGAAGUUAUUUUAUAUAGGGGGAGUCAUUUGUCCUAGUAUAUAAACAUGGAGACCAACGCAGACACCCCAUACAAAUUAUUAUGUACGGCCUGCCUCUGCUUCGGACGUUCACUGCAGCCCCUGAGAGCAGGAAAACUCAACCAGUGCUAUUUAGAUAUUAUUAAAGAAAUACCGCUGUACAACACCCCAAUACAAUGUCCAAGUGUCUGUCUGGAGUGUUCUGCUCUGCUCCGGAAGGUGGUGUCAUUCCGGGAGCAGGUCCAGGAUUCAUACAGGAUAUUGCAGGCUUAUACUAGUGAGACUCUAACGGAAUGUCUCCUAACCGACGUGACGCGGCCUCCCAAACUGCGCACACACAUCUUGGAAUCCAUAGAUAUAAUGCCUAUGAAUCAUGUCACAGAUAUUGCAGUACACAAGGAGGCAAGUAUGAAGAGUGAGCUGAAGAAUGAGUUUCACGAUCCAGAAAUUGAAAUAGACAAAUCAAAAUCCAGAGAAUCAAGUGCGAUAGAAAGGGACAGAAAAUCGAAUGAAGCGACAAAAGUAUGCGCGAGCGCAGCCGGCGGUGAUUACUAUGUUGUGUGUGUGAAAGACGAGUUGAAGGAUGAGAAUAAAGAAGAAUUCCAUCAAGAAAUAGGCCAAGACUACCCUCAAUCAGACGGCUCUAUAUCAGACCAAGAAGCUGAUUUUAAAGAGUGUAACAUAGACGAACAAAUGGAGGCAUUUCUCACGGAUAUUAAGAAAGAAAAAGGCAAAGUUAAAAAGAGAAAGGUGAAAAGAAAAAAGGAGAAUGUUAAGACAUCAAAAGAUAGCACCGUAGCGACAUCUAAAAUCCAUACAAUUGAGCUGACUUACGAAGAGAUGUUGGCGGAAAGAGCGAGAGAUUCAGCAAAAGAGAGUUAUUUGAAGGCAGAGUUUAAGUGCAUGACAUGUCUAGUGGGAUUCAACUAUAAGGCCAGUUAUAAUUCCCACAUGGCCGCAAAACAUUCUCCGUCAAUCGGUAACUACAGCUGUCCAAUAUGUAACACAGUUUUACCUACUUUGGAGUCGUUUCAAACCCACUACAGAAGACAUAUGAGAAGAUACGAAUGCAGUAUGUGCCAGCGACGAACCCUGGACCUCAAGGUUAUGGAGCAGCACUACUACUCCACACACCGGAUCUCCCUCAAGCAGUACCCGUGUUCGGAAUGCGCCCACGUGUCCAACUCCAUAGAUCUCCACCGCUAUCAUAAAGACACUCAUAAGGCCCGCGUCCAGUGCCCGGAUUGCGACAAAUCCUUCAUUCACAGAGCGGGUCUCAUGAAUCAUAGACUUGCUGUUCACGAGCUGAACAAUAAGUUCCCGUGCACGAUAUGCGAUAAAGUUUUCAGAUGGAAGACGAGUCUAAAGAGACAUUUGGAGAAGCACGAUACACGGGCUCUGGACAAAACCGCAUCGAACGUGGCACGCUGCGAGACGUGCAAAAUUAACUUCGCAUCGGAAUGUUCGUACAAGCGGCACAUGAAGAACAGCCUUAAACAUGUCACGCAGGACCAGUUGAGAUAUGUAUGCGACCAUUGCGACAGGAGAUUCGCUGACAAAACGAAGCUGAGAGAUCACAUUGAGGAGAAACAUUUGCAUAGAACAUACCAGUGUCAUAUAUGUCUCAAGCCUUCGAAAAACCGCGUGGGAUUGGACCAGCACAUUCGGAAUGUGCACAAAGGGAGGCCGAACGACAAAAUGUGCCACCAUUGCGGCAAAGGAUUCCCGACAAAAGUGCAGUUGGAGUCUCACAUACGUACUCACACCGGCGAGCGCCCGUUCAUCUGCGAGUUCUGCCCGACCAUGUUCUCGCAACAAUCCAACUUGUACAAGCACAACAGACAGGUCCACCUGAACAUGAAAUCAAAACGCUACCCGAUGUGCAAGAAGCGUAAAGACGAGCAAACCCCGGAGGCGGCGCCGGAAACGUACCGCCACGUGUUGAGGAAACGGAAGGAGGAACAACCACCGGAUGUGACCAACGAGUAUAGACCGGGAAUGAGUGUGUUCGGGCAUUAUGUCGAUGAGAGGUACUGUCCGGUUUGAAUGACUGAACGACUUACUCAUAUCUGCGUGUUCAAGAAGGAGAAAAU